AUGAAGUUUGAAUUUCCUGAUGAAGAUGUGUUAUUUCUCAAAGAAUAUUACAAUAGACCAGACCCAUAUGAAGGCCCAGAACCAGGAUCGCGAUGGACGCUCAUGUUUGACGGUGCUUCAAAUGCUUCGAGAAAUGGUGUGGGAGUUGUCAUUACUUCUCCCACGGGUUUUCAUAUUCCUUUCACUGCCAUAAUAUGUUUUGAUUGCACGAACAACAUGACCGAAUAUGAAGCUUGCAUCUACGGGAUUAAAGCAACUAUUGACUUGAGAAUCAAAUUUCUGAAGGUAUACGGGGACUCAACUCUGGUCUUCAUCAAAAUUAAAGGAGAAUGGGAGAGAAGACACCCAAAUCUGAUUCCGUACCGGGAGCAUGUAUUGAAGUUGAUUACAUAUUUUGAGGAGAUCACAUUUGACCAUAUCCCGAGAGAAGAAAAUCACUUAGCAGAUGCACUGGCUACUCUGGCAUCCAUGUUUAAAGUUAAAUGGGCGAAUGAGGCCCCCUCCAUCAUCAUUAUGAGGUUGGAUGAGCCAACAUUCUGCUAUGCUAAUGAUGAAGUGCAAGAUGAUAAGCCUUGA